AUGCCUAAGAAUCCGCUCAAGAACUUUGCCCGUCGCAAAUCGUCUGGAAACGUCCUCGACCUCCCUUCGGAAUCCACAUCACCUGCACCCGCCUCGUCCAGCUUCCGCGUCCUCGAAAGACCUGACAAGGCAGCAACAGUAGGCAACGGUGGAUACCCUGGAGGUCCUGUGAAACGGACAAGCGGCGGGCGCCCAAACUCGAGCAUCCUCUUGAACAGAAAGUCGGGCAAGUCGCAGGAGGACUUGAUCACAAGCGCAAACAGGUCGGUCACCGGAAAGAGCCAGGCUCGGCCGCACACAGUGUACGGAGCGCUAAAAUUGGGCAGGGGUAGUGGCGGAACAGCCCUCUCGGGUUCUUCGGGCUACUUUGACAAUUCGUCGUCCUCUGCACGCUACAGCUCUUCGUCUACCCUUCCCUCAUCAAUCGAGGCAGAACACGAAGCAGAGAACGAAGAUCUCUUCCCUCGCAAGACGGCCGCCAACGGUAACAGCAACCUCAGCAGCAACCGCUCUUCGGCCGCGUCCAACGCACUUCCCGAGCCACCGUCGUUUUCGGCCCGCGCAGGCAGGGCCAUGUCAUUUGGUUUGAGAAGCAAGCAGAACGCAAGCCCCGGCGCCAUGACUGCUGCAACAGCUCACAUGCCUGAUGUGCCCGAGAACAGCUUCAUCCGUGAUCGCGCAACAACAAUGAGCAGCAAUGCCAGCACCGCUGUGCCACCGAGGCUCGAUGCCAACUUGGGCUCCAUGUCAGACUUUGGCAGCGACUUUGGCAUGAACAUGUUCGAAGGACUGAGCUCGCCCAGACAAGCCAAGAGCAACAUGGCAGCGCCGCAACCCGCACACGACAACUACGGCAGAUCGGUACGUCGACAACAGUCACCAGGCUUCAGCAAUUACAACAACGCUUACCAACAACCUCCUCCUCGACAGGCCUCCCAGCCCUUGCCCACCCCUCCUGUAGCUCGUAAUCAGCCUACACCCUCGCCCGAGGCCGAACUCGAGCUCGAGCCUGAGACUCGUCACAGACCAACCAAUCUGUCUGCCGCGUCGGCCAAUCGCUACUCGUGGGCCAGCCGAACUUCUAACGAUGGACUAAUGUCUCCAGCCCUGGGUUCCGAUAUCUCUUCGCCUCCGCUCAACCCUCCCUCGACCUUCGCUCGUUUCAGACCCGGAUACCAACCCGUACCAGAUCGUUACGGAUCACCUGCCAACGAGCCCGAACACGAGAGAUCCAACAGCUAUUCCAGCGAAGACGAUGUUUCCCGCCCCAUCUCGAGGACCAGAUCGCCCCUGGUCGAGUCGUACACAGCAUCCAGUUCCCCACAAAAAGUCACGCCAGCCACCAGAAACCCCACCAUUGCGGCAGUUGGCAGAGACGACUCGAACUCAGAAUCCCAGCACACGACUCCUCGUGCUAACAACCUGCGUCCUACAAGCAACACCUCGGAUGGUAUGUUCGAUCACUCUCCCAAUGGUCCUACUAGCCGCGCGAUGCACCCUGCAGCUGCCCCCGUGGCCCCCAGAAGCCAGUCUGGACAGUUCUCGCCCACCAAAAGAAUGACAAGGAAGGAGUUCGAAGCUCAGCGCAAAGAGGUCAGUCCUGAAGAGAGCGAAGAGUCCGGACAUUCUGAGGAGGAAGGUUACGAUGACGACGACGAUGAGGCCGAACGCCAAGCAGAGCUUGCUCGCCAGAGGCGCAAGCAGGAGGCCAACAUGUCUGUAUACAGACAGCAGAUGAAGAAGGUCGCAGGCGGGAAUCCCUCUGAGCUUCCUUCGCCCACAUCUCGCCCAAGUCUGGACCGCGCCUCGUACAGCGCACCCGGCCUCACAAGGGAUUUCUCCAAUGUCAGUCUUGGUGCACAGCAAGAGGAGGAAGAGGACGAUGAAGUUCCCCUAGGCAUCCUUCAGGCUCACGGCUUCCCAAGCAGGAACCGUCCUCCAACUCGCCUUGCAAGCGCCCCACCUACUCCUGGUAGUGCCGGCUCGGUGGUUAACGGCGGCAUGGGAGGAGGCAACCUUCCCGUCUUUGCUCGCAAUCUUCCCGCGGAUCCCUACUUCGGCGCUGGUCUCGUCAACCCUGCCAACCGUGAAUCACUUGCUUUCGGUUCUGGCGGCUCGGUGUAUGGCGGAGCAUCUCCUUCUAUGUAUCAGAUGCCUCAGAUGCCUCAGAUGGCGCCUCCUCAACAAAUGCCUGGUAUGCCUCAGGCAGGUGGUGGUCUUGUUGGUGUCAUCGCUGGUGAGGAGCGUGCUCGUGCUGCCAGACGUGUCAACCACAACGCCGGACCUGCUUUCAACGCAAACGGAGUCCCACUUCCUGGAAACAUGAACAACAACAUGCCUCAGAUGAUGCCACGAUCAAAUUCGAUGAUGAGUAUGGGUGGUUUCAUGCCUCAGAUGCCCCAAAUGCCGCAGAUGAUGGGUGCAGACCAACAGAACACGCAGCAAAUGAUGCAACUGAUGGCGAUGCAGACCCAGAUGAUGCAGCAGAUGAUGGCGAUGCAAGGUGGUCAAAUGCAGCAAAUGCCCCAGAUGCCCCAGAUGCACCCUCAGCAGAUGCAGAACGGUUUCCCCAACAUGCUGCCCAACGGUAUGCAGAGACCUGUGUCUAUGGGCGGUCCCAAUGGGCAGCGUCCCGGUAUGCUUGGUCCUCAAGGCUCCAUGCACCAGCAACAGCGAUCGAGCACCAUGACCAACCUGCAGCCUCCAGGCUAUGCUGGAUCAAUGUACGACUAUAGUCUCAGCGCACCUAACGGAGGCUACACUCCCUCAAUCGCUCCUAGUGAGCGCAGCAACGUCGGUAUGCCAUCUCGUUACCGCCCUGUGACUAUGGAAGGCUCUACUAGCCGCACUGCGAGCAUGACUUCCCAAUCUGGCAUUCAGAACUUCCCUCAGAAGAACGCUUCGAACGGUUCAUUCUUGAACCCCAACAACAUUCCUGCAACCAAUGGCAGCAACGUACCACGAACCACCAUCAAGGUCAUUGACAAACCCAAGGGCUCGCCCAGAUCGCCCCAGCCCAGGCCCGAGGAGGAGGAUGAUGAUGAAGGCUGGGCUCAGCUGCGCAAGAAGAGAGAAGAGCGCAAGAAGCGCGGCCCAAACGGCAAAUCUCAGGAGCAGACUUUGGAGGAGCUGUACCAGGGCUUCAACUAG